AUGGCCGAACAUCUGGUCGCAUGCCGCCGCGUUUCGAUCUUCGUUCAGAUCAUCAAGUAUCGCCUACUGUGCGGUGACAUUAUCGAGACUCUGCACAAUCAGGGUCGAAAGAAUCUUCCAGACGAUGAACUCCGCCACCGCAGAGAUCAAUUUGCAGCCGACCUCAAGACUUGGCGCUUGAACGUUGAAAGAGUCGUUCCUCCAAGCUCUGCCAAUCGUAGACAACUAGGCGGGCUGCUGAACAAAAAUCCGAGCACCAUGGAAGUGAUCAGUGACACACGUACGUGCUCAAAUAUCCUCGUAGCGGUUUCGGAGAGAUGGAAGUCGUUGCAACGCUGCGUCGACAUCUUCAAUAGAUUGAGCGAUGCUAUUCUGAUCGACGUUAUCAAAUUCAGCACAACCCCCAUCAACGCUACUCAUUUGCCGACCAACGAUUCGGGAAAUCGUGACGAACAGUACAGAGAUAGGUCCGAGUUGGCGGCAGAAACAAACUCGAACGAUUUGGUUCAGCACCCUCAAUGGAACCACGCAUCAUACCUCCAGCCUAUGGGGACUGAUCGAGUGGUAUCUAGCCUAUCGCCAUUGGCUAUCGAGAAUGAGUUCAGAGGCUCAGCGUUCGAUCUGCAACAAAUGUAUGAUCAGCAGCAAGUCGAUAUGUCUGUGUAUCGAUUCUCUCAGGCUUGGUUCGACAGCUUCGACUUUUAUGGUGGUAUUGGGCCGCAGCUCAAUGACAUCACGAUGGGUACACAUCUUUGA